UAACCCCCUACCACCGCCAACCAAGACAGACCCCCACAUGCUCAAAAAAAAAGGGAGGCACUGCCCCAAAUUAGCACUUGUGCCGCUCAAAGUCAGUGUCAAACACUGUGAAUGGUGUCCAUGCCAUGUCAGUUCUGCGGGACGCUGAGAAUAAGCUGCUCAGCUGCCCUCAGGGACGUUCCAGAUUAGCGCUACCAACUCUGCCCCGUCUUUCUGCAAGACUCUAUUACUUAUACAGGAUUAAAAUCCCCCUUUUGCAGAAAAGAUGAUGAUGGUGAGAGACGACUGCUUGGUGGAGUGUAAAAUUGACGACAGUGAUGAAGAACAGAUAAACACUCCUCCUCCCCCUCCGGAAUUUGCCUCCAAAGCUUCAACCCCGAAACCUCCAACCCCUCCUGCAGAACAAGCUCCUCCCACUCCCACCUGUUCUGUCAGCAGAGACCCAAAAGGCAUCAACAAACAUCUAAAGGUGGAGGUCAGUGACGUCCUAUCAGAGCCCACAGCUCCUCACAGCACGGCUGCAGUGUGGACCGUCAGUGUCUGCGGCUUUGAGCGGACACGCGUCUGGACGUACCGCUGCCUGACGUUGCUGCUCGCCGUCCCCAUGGCUUUCGUGUGCGGCCUUUCCGUGGCUGUUCUCGCCAGCCUGCGGGUCUGGUUUCUGGUUCCUUGCAUUCAGCUGAGCAGCCUCUUCAUUCCAUGCCUGCGAUCUUUGUGUUUGUGUGCAGUAGAUGUCGUUGUGUCUCCGUUCUGUGUGUCACUCGCGCUCUGCUGCAGUCAGAUCAUCAUAACACUGACAAGAAAGGACAAACCUGAGAGCAAGGACACCGUAUGACCGAUUGUUGCUCAUGUGGGAGUUUCUCAUGUGUUUUGAAAGUAAAAAUGAAGUUCCUAUAGUAAAAAUAUGAACUUGAAAUAAUUAAGCUUUAUUUCUCCUGUAAUGUGCAAAGCGUGCAGAAAUUGUUCUCAUAAAUUUUUUUUGCAACAUUCAAAAAAUAAUGUAGUGUAGGCCUAAGUAAAAAUAU